AUGGCGGACGCGGAACCGGUCGACGACGAGUUGGCGUAUUACUAUCGAUCCUCGGAGGACUGUACAUCCGGAAGAUGCGCCAUCUGUACUGUUUCGUCAGAAGCUGCUCUUUCCAUGACGAAGCAACUCUCUUCGGCACCCAAUGAAACAGUUCAAGUAAGCGAACAUAGAGAAAAAAUGAGUGAAUUAGGAAAAAAUUAUCUUUUUAGGAGCACCGAUACUUCCCCCUGGACGACCGGGUUCUUCUCGAUAUCCCCGUGGAUCAUCCUGACUACUUCCCACUUGCGAAGAGGACCAUUGAGACUUUUCAAGAUUCCCUCAUGUUUGUGAACCUUUCUGUAAGAGGAAACUUCUAAAUUGAAUUCUGAAUUCUCCACUGUUUCUUUCAGAUUCCGGAACCGGGAAAAACGGAUUUGGACUCUGUUCUUCUCGUCACUAAUGAAGGAAUUCUCUUUGUGAUCACUAAAAUGAUCGACGUUCACGCAUCGCUCAAAUUCUACGACAAAUGGAUUCAGACGAUGCGCGCGAGAUACCCUCCGACCUCGCACACAUCUUAUCCGAAUAGAAACCCUAAGGAACCAGACGUGCUCUUUCUUUCGGAAUUCCAACAAGACAAGACGUCAUUGCGACGAACUCGUUUUAUUGGCAACUCGGGGGAAAACGAGUACUUCUUAGAGCUAGACACUGGAAUGGUUGGUUCAUUUGCUCGGCACUUGAAAUGUAAUUAAUUGAAGAUUCGAAAAAUGCAUCACAGAGAGAGUGACAAAGACGCGCAACUGUUCCGUGUCUUCCAGCCAACUCCUCCCGGGUACAUGCGAUGCUACCUUCGAAACAGAGAGAAAAUGGUUUGUGCAAUUAACUGGGAAAUCGCAAGAAUACGCAGAUUCAUUUUAGACGGUUUCUGACAUUCUGAACAAAGCAAUCCGAAUCGCCAAGGACAAAAAGAUCAACAUUCUCCAAACGGACUUUGACUGCAAAAAUGAGCCACACACAAUCGUAGACGAAUUCAUUGAAAAUCCGCUUGAGGUUAGUAACGCGACACACUCACCUUUUCGAUACACUCUUACUUUCGUCUCUAGGGAAUGUGGUCCGACGAAAGUGAUGACGAGUGA